AUGUUUGCAGUGGCGAACGCAAGAAAGAAGUACCAGUUGAGAGUUGAGACAUAUUCAGGAACUGCUGGCGACUCUCUUACUCAUCAUCGUGGCUAUCCCUUUACGACUAAGGAUCAGGUCAAUGACGGCUAUGACGGUAACUGUGCUAAGGAAUUUAAAGGAGCCUGGUGGUACAUAGCCUGUGAUAGCUCAAACCUCAACGGUUUCUAUCAUCAUGGGCGGCACGCAUUGUAUGCUGAUGGAGUCAACUGGUUUCGAUGGAAAGGUUACCACUACUCUGCGAAGAGGGCUGAGAUGAAAGUCAGACCAGUGGAGUUCUAG